AUGGUCUUCCUUUCGUCCUUUGAUAUGGGCCAAUGUUUCACCAAGAAAUGUUCGGCUGAGAAACUCAUUUUAGCCGGAAAUGUCAAAAGAUUAAGACCAACUCGUAAGUAUAGUGGAGUUGUUCUAUCUCCUAAAGGCGAGCGAACUCUAUCUCCAAAGGAUGCUGAAGCUAUUACUAAGUACGGUUUAGCUGUAGUUGAUUGUUCGUGGAAUAAAGUUGAAGAAGUAGAUUUCAGUCAUCUGCCUAAUCGUCGUAAUCGGCUUCUGCCUUACUUAGUGGCUGCUAAUACGAUUAAUUACGGCCGGCCUUGCCAGCUUAAUUGUGCUGAAGCUCUGGCAGCAGCUCUUUAUAUCUGUGGUAGUCCGGAUCAGGCCAAAAGUAUCCUGGAACCCUUUGCGUAUGGCCAAGAGUUCUUGCGACUCAAUCAAGACCUACUAGAUGCGUAUGCCCAGUGUACUACCCCAGAAGAAGUCAUUAAUAUGCAGAACAAACACCUUGCCAGCCUAUCCCGAUCUAAAUAA